AUGCCAAGCAGCAGACCAUUGGUUAUCUCUGGCCCCAGCGGCGUCGGCAAGGGAUCCCUAAUCGACAAGCUAUUCACUGCGCACCCUAAUACCUUUUCAUUCACCGUCUCCCACACCACACGGAAGCCCCGCGCCGGCGAAGUCGACGGCAAGAGCUACUUCUUCGCUACACACGAGGAGUUCGACGCACUGGUUGCUGAGAAUGGCUUCGUCGAACACGCUGUCUUCGGCUCAAACAAGUACGGUACCAGCCACAGGACAAUUACCGAGCAGACUGCCAAGGGGCUGAUUGUUGUGUUGGACAUUGAGAUGAAUGGUGUUCGUCAGAUGAAGGAGAACCCUAGCAUUGAUCCACGCUAUGUCUUUAUUCAGCCUCCUAGCAUGGCGGUUCUUGAGUCUCGUUUGAGGGGUCGGGGUACCGAGAGCGAGGAGGAUGUUCAGCGCAGACUUGCUCAAGCUGCUGCCGAGUUGGCGUUUGCGAAUGCACAGACUGGUGAUAAGAUUAUUGUUAAUGAUGACCUUGAGACUGCCUACAGGGAGCUGGAGGAGUUUGUUUUCCAGGAGUGA